CCCGAACAGUCGUGUCUCCUCUUUGUGUCUAUUGCCAACAGGCACCUGUUCUGGAGGGAUGCCUCCCAACAGACACCUCUUCUUCAUACCUCUUUCAGAUGUAUAUAUACUUGAAAAUCAAUAGAAAGAGGACUGCUGGUCCAUUCACUUUCAUUCAAUCUUGUUUUACUUUUAACACGUUAUGAGCACGACUCUCCGGCUAGAGCGAUUCGAUUUCAACGGACUUGGCCUUCAUCGCGACGAUGUCCGUCGCCGCCGCUCCAGCGGCAAGUGCACAACCUUUGCCGUUUCCAGUGUAGAGGGUGGAACCAGCGCCGCUGCAGCAUCCGACCCUAGCGGUUGUCGGGGCCGAUGGUAGCGCUCGUCCUGGGCGACGCCAUCGCGCCGCCGAGCCUGCCGUCCCUGACACCGGCCACCCCUCAGCCUUUGCCACGUGCGGAGGUUCACCGCCGCUGGCCCUCGGCGUUCCGCUCACCAGCCCUCCGUCGAGCAGCCGCGCCGCACGCGUGGCGACUUGGAGCCCAGCCGUCCCCGGGCUCGCAAACGGCGCCUCCAACAGCGCCGCGCCGGGCACCCUGUUCCCUGGAGAAUCCUCAGACGAGGACGAGCGUGUCGGGAGCGCCCGUGCCCGCAGCCGGCCCGGCUCCUCGCGGCAGUGCGGCCGCCUCAGGUGGUGGUGGAGACCAGCAAUUGGCUCGAGGCCGCGGCGACACAUCGAUGUGAAGACAGAGCCCGAGGAGAGGAGACGACCAUCGCGGCCCUGGCUCCACUCGCUCUGGCUCCGCCCACAACCUCAUCGGCGCUGGUUGCGCCGGCCGCGUCCCCGGCUCCAUCACGCUCGCCCGAGGCUCGCCGUCUCCUACUGGCCGAUUCACGGGGACGGGCCGUACCAUCCUCCUCCGGCCACUCCAUCACCGGAAGCGGAGGUCAUCGAGGCGAGGCAGCCGUUGAGUAGCCGCUCCGGCCGUACUGGCACAUGGAGCCCAGCCGUGCUUGGACUCGCCGACGGCACCUCCGACAGCGCCUCCAACGGUGUCGCGCCCGGCACCCACCUCCCGGCGGCUACUCCGACGAGGAAGAGCGUGGAGGCCUGGAGGGUGCUCCUCCCGGCGCUGAUGCAGCCGAGCGACCAUGGGAGCCUUCGCCUGUGAGUCACGGGAUUAAGGAUUGAUUCCUGGGUCGCUCCUGGUUUCUCUCCUUAUCCGUUCGGCUUCGGCAGCACAGGCUGUGUACUCCAUCGUACUUGCCUAAGUACUCUUGUACAGUGGUACUACUUAUUACUAAUAGUAUCUGCUUUGUAGCACGUAUCCAUCGGCACCUAGCAGAUUAAUCAUAGUACUAGUACAGCUUUAGUACUUUCAUGUUUUUAUACCCUAUAAAUUCAGGAUUCCUGAGAUAGGUCCAACUA